AUGGCCCUCUCCAACUUCUUCGGCGUUGCUUGGGCUCGGGUCGAAAUCGCCGGGAUGAGGAUUGAAGGCGCUGUCCGUCCCGGUUUGCGCAAGGAACUCGAAGCGAUCAAAGAUGAAAGAGAGCGCGAGCCGCUCUUCAAAGCACUUGUGGACGAGAUUUAUGAGUGCGGCAAGGCGGACAGCGCCACGAGGGUGCUCGAGAUUGGCACAAUCAUUGAUCCGGUAGAUAUGCGAGAGUAA